AUGAAAAUCGAGAAAAAUGUGUCGUAUGAGGCUGACGGGAAGACGUACCGGAUAUAUGAUGUGACUGCGGAAGACCCGAUUCAGACGCGUGUCAGGAAUCACUAUUUCACGCAGCAUCAGAGUCAAACCGUUGGAUUUGUGCAAGAAAUGCACAAAAAAUGGCUGAAAUUCGACCACGCCAAAAUGCCAAUUCUCGGCUGCUUGGAUAUGCUUGCCACAUUUUUGGAUGAAUCGGAUCCCGACGUCGACGAGGCGAAUCUAAUACACGCGUAUCAGACGGCUGAGAAGAUUCGUGAGAACCACCCGGACAAGCCAUGGAUGCAUUUGGCAGGCCUAAUCCACGACCUUGGAAAAAUCAUGAGUGUCUGGGGAGAGCAUCAAUGGGCGGUGACAGGAGACACCUAUCCAGUCGGUUGUGCACCCGCCGAGUCCAUUGUUUAUGGAAAAGCAAGUUUUCAAGGAAAUCCGGAUAUCGACCAUAUAGUUUAUGGUACCCCAAUGGGAAUGUAUGAGGAGAAGUGUGGAUUGGAGAAGUUGAUGAUGACAUGGAGUCAUGACGAGUACAUGUACCAGGUUCUCGUCAACCAUGGCACCACUCUCCCGGACGAAGCAUUGUAUGCUAUCAGAUUCCACUCAUUCUAUCCAUAUCACUCGCAUAAUGACUAUCUUCAAUUCCAAAAUGAGAGGGAUAUCGAGAUGAAGUCGGCGAUUAUGAUGUUGAACGAAUGCGACCUCUACUCGAAAAACGACGAGACUCCCGAUAUCGACGCCUUGAAGCCAUAUUAUCAGUCGCUAAUUGAUAAAUAUGUUCCAGGAAAUGUUAAUUGGUGA